CAGAGCGGAGAGCCACCGCACAGUUAAUGUUCGACUUGGGGCAGAAGGCUUAUGGGAGGGGGAUGUACGGUCGUGCCUUUGAGUUCCUAGAACGAGCACUGACAAUCAUUCCGAGGCCAACGUUAUUUGGUGGUGAGUGUGCGAAUGGAACGUGGUGUUAUGCUUUAACAGAUUCAAAUUUGGCUUGCCAUGGCCUAUGAGGCAAAUAAGCGCUAUGCCAAUUGCAUGGAUCUUUAUAAGCAAUUGGAGAACAAGCACCCAAGUGUCAGCUUCCCACACCAGGCUGCAGAGUUUGCUACAUUUUCCAAGCACCGAAGAUCAAGAUUAAAGAUUACUCGAGAAGAGAUGGUAACUAUACCACUCAUCAAACCAUUUUAUGUUCAGCUAGACAAGGGCUGAACGCUUCUUGUUUCUGUUUAGGAAAAAUGUUGGUGGGUUUGGUAGAAGGGGUCAUUAUCUUUCUCUGUUUCUCAGAUCUUCAUCUAUUUUCUCAUUGGUGAAAAUGAAGUUUAAAGAUUUCUCAUUAGAUCUCCUUCCUCAACCUCAUCAUAUCCAUGCCAGUUGGCUUCGCAGAUUCACUAGAUAAUGAGAUAUCUCUUUCAGUGGGAAAGUUGAAGAAAUCCUCUUCUGCAGAUGGUGGAGUCUUUUGUAAAGGACUGACCAGAUUUAUAAUUACUGAGGAAGGACUAACCAGUCUUUUGUAGAAGUGAUGCCACCAUUAAGUUCGGUGAUCUGUUCUUUAUUUACUAAGCUUAAAGUCAUGGAUGCUUGUACUACUGAGGAGCUGGCUUUCAAUGUAGGAGUUGGUGAGGUUUUGGAAAUGCUUGUAUGCUCAUUAGUAUCAAAGAUGCCUUUGUCAGAAAGUCUUCUGAAGCCUAAAUCAAAACCAAACUUGAGCAAUGAAUAUCCAAAUCAAGGAAUAUGUAUUGAACCUCAAAUGGUAGGAAGCUGGAUGAAUGAGGAAGGAAACAUUUCUUUGAAGCUUAUGGUUAGCAAAUCUCAGAAGAUUGUUUGCUAUGCAGAAGCAGGGGAGGAUUUUGUCAAUUUACUUUUCAAUUUCCUGACCGUUCCUCUCGGAUUUAUAAUAAACAGAUCCGGGAUAGCUCGUCCUCUUUGAAAGGAAGCAUUGAGCAGCUGUACAAGAGUGUCCAGGAUCUUGAUGAUGAAUUCUUCAAAUCAAAUUACCAGAAGGAAAUUUUACUCAAUCCGAAGCUUUACCCCGGUUUUUUCUAUGAGAACCAUCUUUUAGGAAUUGAGUAUGGCCUGGAGACCUCGAAUUAUUAUGCACUAUACGGGACAGGUGAUUCCUUUAGUAAAGUGGUGACUACUGAUAAAGCCUUUGUUCCUUCCUAUUCUUCUUCUAUGCCAUCAGUGACUACUGUCCCACUUAAACUCAAUUAUUGCGAGGCUCAAUAUGACACCGUACGUGAUCAAGGAUUUUUGAAUGGACCGACAAUGUUUACAAUUACUGACAAUCUGAUCACAAGGCCCAUAUCUCCUCUAUUUGGCCUUUCUGUUUUAAACGAAAUGAUGGUACUAUUCACUGAUAUUGAGGAGCAAAUUGUGCAGGUUGGAAAGGAGGAGGUCAUUAUUGCUUGUAUUUCCUAUUUUUCAUUUCAACAUAAUCAUCAUAUUGCACCCAACUCAUUUUCUUUGCUACUGCAACAUCAAAUGACUACAUUUUACCUUCUGCAUUUCUAUUUUGAAACUUCAGGUAUUCUUACUUAGCAAGACUGGGUGUAAUCUAAUACUGUAAUUGUUGUUUUCUGCUGUGCUGUUUACUUGCUGCAGGCUUUUGGCCUUUUGGUAACAUCUUUUCUUUGUGACUCUUCUCUCACCAGCGUCUACCUUAGGCAGCCAAAGAGAGAACAAUGACCAAAGCAGGCUUUUCGCCUUUCGGUAACAUCAUAUUGUUAUUUACAUAAAGCACCAAUUAUAUAUACUGGAAGUCAUGUGCUUCACAAUACCAAUGACUGCGAUUGUGUCAUUGUAUAGCCAUGUACGCAAGUCUUCCUUUUAUUUUGUUGUGCAGUAUUUAAAAUUUUGUGUGAAAAUACUAAGUGCAAUGUAUUCUUAAGUUGGGUCUUUAAACCUACAAGAUUUGAUAAAAGGUAUCAGAGUUGAUUGUUAAACUGUGUGACUAAGUACAGCGCAUGACAACUGUGGAAGUGCACAUCAACCGCAACUGUGGAAGGGGAAGGAUGCAUAAACGUAUUAUCUGUGGUUCAUUAUAGUUCAGUGCACAGUUCUGAUGCUUAUCAAUUUUGUUUUUCAUUUCUAUAUGUUGGCAUGUUGAGUGUGCAUUUAGCUGGUUUUGAUAGAACAUUUGCUACCAGAUGAUGUCGCCUAACAGUAUGAUGUUCAUGUCCUGUGAUAUUGCAUAAUGUUAGAUGUUCAAAUUUUAGGCUCAUCUCUAAAAUCUUAGACCUAUAACGUAAAAAUAAUUAAAUACAGAAUAAAGUGACCAGAAAUCCAUUGCAUCUUCAGCAUCAGUAGCUAUAAUGACAGCAAUAGUCUGAGCAGGAAAAUGUACUCAAGAACCUAACAAGUUAAUCAGAAAUCCAGGUCAAUCAUUUUUUCUUUCUGAAAAUGAUAGAAUAGACCAGCAUAUUAGGAGGUCUCCUUUUAAUUCUAAAAGCCAGGACUUCCAUUUCCGCUGAUCAGAUCCCCACACAAAUGGAAUUUGGCCAAGGAGCUAUCCACCAAGGACAAACUAUAUACAAUCAUGCACAACAGAUGGAGAAAAUUAAAGAGGAUUUCUUGCCUUUCCUAUGUCCUUAUGGAGAUGCCACCAACUGGCUACAAGUUAUAUUUUAUUUCUUUACUUUUUAUCUGGAUGUCACAGCAGGACCAUAAAUUUCACCUAGUUAAGGAAUCCCCUUCAGAAAGCUAAAAUGGUGGACCAUAACAUGCAAUUCUGCCUCCCAACUCCCAAGUGGCUCUUGCGUUCAUGAUUUACUUUUAUUACUUUCAGCUGAACCUUGUCUUCUCUUGGAGUAGUAUUGUGUUUUCUGUACCAUUGUACAUAUAGCAUUAGCAUUCUUGGAGGUUCAAAGCUCAGCCGAACGGACUUCGAUUAUCUACUAACUAUAUGAUUUCAUUUAUUUUUGUCAAAUUUGUUCUCCUUGUAGAAAGAAAUUGCAAUGUGCUUUGAUCAUCAAACCCAAACAAUAACCAGAGUCCUAUAUUUUAAGAGAAAUCAGAAAUCUACAAUGCCACAAAUUUCUUCUUUGAUAAGUAGUUGCCCUUUUGCUUUCAAAAAAGAAAAAGCACUUCCCUUUUGAAAAGCUUUAAGUGGUGUGCCAUGACAUGGAUGAUGGGCCUUUCCAGAUUCAUGGUCUUCUUUAACUUGUAUUGAGAGUGAUUCAGAGCAUACUGUAGCAAACAAAGUUUUAUCGCUGGGAGUUGCUCGUCUCUGAAAAAAAUACUACCUUGUAGCCUUUCUCUUCUAGGUUUCAGAACUUGAAGUACUGCUGCAGCCCGGAGCGUAGUAAAGUUUUCAAUAUUGGAAACAAUACCAAAGCUGAAUUUACAUCUUAUCUUCCAUGGCACAAAAAGUAUCAGAUGAGGAGAAUAUCAGCUUGAAGGCAUUGGUGGACAAGGGGAGAAACAGAGUUAUCUUUGUAGAGGCUGAUAAUGAUUUCGUUGAUGUUCUCUUCAGUUUUUUGACAUUACCAAUGGGAAAAAUUGUCAGGCUUGCCCGCGACAGUUCAACACCACUGGAAAUAGGUUGCAUGAACAAGUUGUAUAAGAGUAUUGAGAAGCUUGAUGUGCAGGUUUUCAGGUCCAAUGCAUGUAGAGACAUGUUGUUACUUCCGUACAGUGCAGCUAACUGUCAUUGCAAGAACCUCCAAUUGAAAAUUAUUGACGAUGCUGAGCCAACAUGGUUUAAGUGCCGACGGUGCCGUUAUGCAGAUGAUAUAACCUGGUUAAGUUAUUAUGCAGGAGUUUCUUGCCUUUCCUGUUCAAGUAAUAUGCAUACUGAAGUACAUAUUUCAGAGGGUGAUUCCAAAGUUGGAGGGGUCUUUGUAAAAGAGGGAGCCGGGGUUAUAAUUACUGAUGAUUUACAAGUGAUACCCCCAUUAUGUGCAGCUAGCAUUUCCUUGUUUACCAAGCUUGGGGCCACGAAUAGCAAUACCACUGAGGAGCUAACUUUCAGUAUUGGAGUCGAGCAGGUUUUGAAUUUGCUUGUGUGCUCAUUUGUAUCCAAAACGCCAUUCACAGAAACUCUGCUGAAGCUGAAUCCUGUACCAAAAUUAGGUGGUGUGAAUUUCAGUCAAGGAAAAUGUAUUGAAUCUCAAAUGUCAGGGGCCUCGAUAAAUGAGGAAAAAGAAAACGUCUCUGUCAAGCUCAUAGUUAGUAAAUCAAAGAAUGUGGUUUGCUAUGCAGAAGUACGAGAGGAUUUCGUUAAUUUGAUCUUCAGUUUCUUGACUCUUCCACUUGGGUUUAUAUUAAAGCAGAUGCUGGAUUCCCCUUGGAAAGGAUGUAUUGAUCAGCUGUGCAAGGGUGUCCUAGAUUUUGAUGAGCAAUUUUUUAAGUCAAUUUACCACAAGGAAUUGCUAUGCAAUCCCAAACUUAUUCCGGGGUUCAGCUAUGAGAACAAUCUUUUAGGAAUUGAGGAGGCAGAAUACUAUAUGUUUUCUGAUCGUAAGUUGACUUCUGAUAGAUCCAUUAUCCCUUCUAACCAGUCCUCUCAGGCAAUGACAGUUGAAUUUUUGGAUCCCAAAUCCCAUGGUGAUACAGAUACAAGUGCUCGGGGAUUCUUAAAAGAACCAGCAAUUUUCAUGGUAACUGACAAUUUGGAUGUAAGGCGAGUAUCUCCAAUCUUUCAGCUGUCUGUUCUUAAUGAUUUGAAGGUACAUUUCACUGAUAUUGAGGAUCGAACUGUGCAUGUUGGCAAGAACGAGGCUUUGCGUCUUUUGGUGGCUUCUGUUGUUUCUGACUCAGUUCUAACCAAUGCUUUCCUACGGAAGCCACAAGAGUCAUCAAUUAAGCGAGAGCAAUGAGAAGUACUUAAGAAGAGGUGUUGCUUCUGUUGCUACUACAUCUAAGUAUGCGUUUUGGUUUUUAUGAACAACUUCCAUUUGUAGCGACCUGCAUAGUCUGCAUAUUUGGGUGCGAACUCUUUAGCCAUGUUUUCAUUGCGUAACUUUGUGUUGUAAGAAUAUGUACUUUGCUGUUGUGUCGAGACUCAAGUGCUCUCUCUGUGCGUGUCUCUCUGCUUUCAUCAGUACCUAAAUAUGAACUUGUACUGGCUAUGAUAACUUAAGACCUGUUAAGUUGUGUUCUAAUCGUAUCUAAGUACCUUUGUUUCUAGAUAGUUCUUGAUCAGCUCGCCAUGAUAUGCUCAAAGAAGGAAAUCUCUGUUCUUUUCAGUCACUUGUAUAUGAGAUGCAAUUCACCUCACUCUAGAAACAGUGGUGUGGAUUGUGCUGUGUUGAUUCACAACACAAUAUUUCUGACCUUAGAAAUAGGACUUGAUUCUCAUGUACAAGAUCAGUUUGCAUAAUUCUGACCUUUUAAAUAGGACUUGCUACUCAUGUACAGAUCACAUUACGUCAUCCUAAAACAACUUGGCCUUAUUUUUAAUUUGUUAAAA